CGCGGCGCGUGCGCGGCGCGGGGCCCCGGGCCGGAUCUCUCGCGAGGAAGGACGCCAUUAUCGCAGCCGCCGCACAAAACACCACGAGAACUCGGCGCCCGCCUCACACGGAGUGCAUGCCUGGGCCAGCUCCUGCCCUGGGAGCUGCAGAGGUGCUGGAAGGGUUUUGCUGCUGGUUCUGAAUGAUGUCAGAGCAGGAUUUGGCAGAUGUGGUUCAGAUCGCUGUUGAGGACCUGACUCCAGAUAAUCCAGUUGUGUUGGAGAACCAUGAGGUGGCAGAUGAUGAUGUGGAACCUGCCCUGAAACGUCAGAGGAUAGAAAUCAACUGCCAGGAUCCCUCUAUUAAGUCGUUCCUGUACUCCAUCAACCAGACCAUAUGCCUGAGGCUGGACAGCAUCGAGGCCAAGCUGCUGGCACUGGAGGCCACCUGCAAAUCCCUGGAGGAGAAGCUGGACCUGGUCAUGAACAAGCAGCACAGCCCCAUCCAGGUGCCCAUGGUGGCCGGGUCCCCGCUGGGCGCCACCCAGACCUGCAAUAAAGUCCGAUGUGUUGUCCCUCAGACCACAGUGAUCCUCAACAACGACCGGCAGAAUUCCAUCGUGGCCAAGAUGGUGGGGCAGGAGGAGCCGCUGAGCAGAGCGGCAGAUUCCCUGGAGAACAUCCUCAGCAACGCGGUGCCGGGGCGCCGGCAGAACACCAUCGUGGUCAAGGUGCCCGGCCACGACGACAGCCACAACGAGGACGGCGAGAGCGGCUCCGAGGCCAGCGACUCCGUGUCCAACAGCGGCCAGGUGGGCAGCCAGAGCAUCGGCAACAACGUCACCCUCAUCACCCUCAACUCUGAAGAGGAUUACCCCAACGGGACGUGGCUGGGCGACGAGAACAACCCCGAGAUGCGCGUGCGCUGCCCCAUCACGCCCGCCGACAUGCUGCACAUCAGCACCAACUGCCGCACGGCCGAGAAGAUGGCCCUGACCCUGCUGGAUUACCUCUUCCACAGGGAGAUCCAGGCCAUCUCCAACCUCUCGGGCCAGGGGAAGCACGGCAAGAAGCAGCUGGAUCCUCUCAUGAUCUACGGGAUUCGCUGCCACCUGUUUUACAAAUUUGGCAUCACUGAGUCGGACUGGUACCGCAUCAAGCAGAGCAUCGACUCCAAGUGCAGGACAGCGUGGAGGAGGAAGCAGCGAGGGCAGAGCCUGGCUGUGAAAAGCUUCUCCAGGAGAACACCCUCAUCCUCCUCCUACAGUGGCUCAGAGGGAUCCCAGAGCUCGGUGUCAGCUUCCAGUGAGAUGCAGCAGAACCAGCCCCAGGCCCUGCACUACGCCCUGGCCAACGCUCAGCAGGUCCAGAUCCACCAGAUCGGAGAGGAUGGACAAGUCCAAGUAGGCCAUCUCCACAUAGCCCAGGUGCCCCAGGGAGAGCAGGUCCAGAUCACGCAGGACAGCGAGGGAAACCUGCAGAUACACCAAGUCCACGUGGGUCAGGAUGGGCAGGUAGGAGCAGGACUGAGUUUUCCUUGA